AGUUACUUGACUUAUUUGGCACGUGCUGGUGAGUGAUGGCGGACGGAGAUGGAGCUUUCGUAUGUGAGUGGAGACGUCAAAUUUUAAAUGAAUUUCAGAAAAGACAUCAGAGGGAGAAUGGACUGUUUGAAGACUUGUUCGCACUUUGUAAUCGAUUAUACGAAAAUAUUGAUUUAUUACAAAAAGAAAAUAUACGUUUAAAAAUACAAAAAGCUCGAUUGGAACAAGAUACUGAAGAGGGUUCAACAAGUUCUGGUAGAACAAGUGAAAAAGUUAGUGUAUUAGAUAGAACAGUAUUCCAAUUGAAAUCUGAAAUUACUGAACUUCAUCGUACGAAAGCAAAUUAUGCUCAGCAACUAAUGGAACUUAGAAAUACUUUGGACGAAAAAGAAAAAGAAUUGUUAACAAAAAACAAUCGAUUGAAAGAGUUAGAAAUGGGAUUAUCAAAAGCAAAAGAAGAUUGCAAAGUAUUAGAACAAACAAUUCAGGACAAAGACAUGAUGCAUCAGGUUCUAAAAGAUGAAUAUGAAGCAUUACAUCUAGCAUUUAGUAGUUUAGAAAACAAUUACAAUCGUUUAGAGAAAGAACAUCAAGAUAUUAUAUCAAGAUGGAUUGCUUUAAAAACGAGAGAUGCUGAUAGAUUAAAUGCAGAAACUGAAAGAGUACAAAAAUUGAAACAAUAUCAAGUACAAAAAGAAUUGGAAGAAGCUGCAAGAGAUCAAGUUGUGAUAAAUCCAUCUGAGGUAGAACAUAUACCUAUAUGCAUUUCAGCAUGCUUACCUAGUAAAGUGACUGCAAAAAUUGAUGGUCACGAUGGUGAUGUUAAUGCGAUAAGAUGGACUCCAUCAGGUUUGUUUGUUGCAAGUGGAGGUGGAGACAGAAAAGUUAAAUUAUGGGAAAUAGCAAAUGGUCAAAUUUUAAUAAAAAGUAAUUUAAUAGGAAGUAAUGCUGCUGUAAUGUCUUUAGAUUUUAAUGCUGAGGAAUCUUUAUUAUUGGGAUCUUCAAAUGAUUUUGCAAGUCGAGUAUGGACAGUUGCAGAUUCUAGGCUAAGGCACACACUAACUGGUCAUGGAGGAAAAGUAAUGGCUGCUAAAUUUCUUGGUGAAUCCAGUAAAGUUGUAUCAGGUAGCCAUGAUCGUACUCUAAAGAUUUGGGAUCUUCGUAGCAGAGCAUGCAUUCGUACAAUAUUUGCUGGAUCCAGUUGCAAUGAUGUAGUUACAAGUGAUGGAGCAGGAACAAAUAUUAUUAGUGGCCAUUUUGAUAAACGUAUACGAUUCUGGGAUACUCGCUCAGAAUCUAAUGCUAAUGAAAUACAAUUACAAGGAAAGGUGACUUCUCUUGAUCUUUCUCCAGAUGGGAUGUCUCUUCUAAGUUGUGUUAGGGAUGAUUCUUUGAAAUUACUUGAUCUUCACAUGAAUCAAGUAAUGAGGACAUUUUGUGCUGACGGUUUUAAAGUUGGAUGUGAUUGGACAAGAGCAAAAUUUAGUCCUGAUGGUCAUUAUGUAAUAGCUGGCUCUCAAGAUGGUGCUAUUUAUAUCUGGAAUACAUCAUCUGGAAAAAUUGAAAAGGUUUUAAGAGAACAUAAUGCCGUUGUUACUGCUUGUGCUUGGAAUCCAACUGGAAACCACAUAAUUAGCUGCGACAGAGCAAAAAAAAUUGUUGUAUGGUCUGAAUUCUAAAAGACUGUUUUAUAUCAUUCAUACCUCAAGCUGAUUCAUAAUAGAAUCAGCUUUGUGAUUUUGUAAAUUAUUUUCUAAGUAUUUAUCUUUUACUUAAGUUAGUAUUGUAUCACAAAUUUUUUAUUAGUGUGUAUUGUCAUUUAUUGUGAUGUAUUUUGUUGAAUAUCGUCUCAUUAAAUUGUUGCAAGGUUUAAUUUUAAAAAGUGAAUCAUUUGUUUUGUUAUAGUACUAUGUUAUUUAAUUUUAUUUUUAUGUGAAAUCAAAAGGUGAUUACAAGAUGUAUAGAAAAAAAAUUUUGUUAUGUAA